UGCGCUGUCAGUGCGCGUCCGGGAAUUGCCAUGUCGACGAACAACUGUCAAAUUGCUCUGGCAUCGCAGCAAUCGUGGCUGUACGAGCGAACUGGAACUGGAACGCGUUUUCUUUGGAUAGUGCAAAAAACACACGGAACGGGGCGUGCUGAAUCGACAAAAUGUCGAAAAGUGAGACGAAGGAGAUAACUAUACGGCAGCUGUACACGGAGCUGAACAAGUACUGCUCCAGUGCCGAUUACGACAAGGUGCUGAAGGCUGCCAAUAAAAUAAUCGGGCUUGACGCCACCGAAUGGAAGGCCGCCAAAUGUAAGCUGGUCUGUCUCAUACAGAACGGUAAGUUCGAGGAGGUACUGAAGUUCAUCGAACGUGGCACCGCCAUCCCGGACACCACCUUCGAGAAGGCGUACAGCGAGUACAGGCUAAACCGUGCCGAAGAUGCAUUUCGCACGAUCCAAUCGACGGUGCCCAGCGGCGGUGGUGGCGGCGGCGGCGGCGGCGCUGAGCAAUGGGCAGGACUGGCGCCGAAUGUGAAGGAACUGUUGGCCCAGAUCCUGUACCGAUUGGAGCGAUUCGACGAGUGUUUCGAGCUGUACCGGAACAUCAUCAAGAACACGCACGACGACUACGAUGACGAGCGUCGCACGAACAUGAGUGCGGUGGCCGCCAACCGGUGCAUCGUCGGUGGGGGCGCCGAUAAGCAGCAGCAGCUGGCCGGCAUGAACCUGCCCGAGGACACGUACGAGCUGACGUACAAUGCGGCGUGCGCGCUGGCCGGCCGGAAGGAGUACGGCGAGGCGGAGCGGAAGUUGCGCACGAGCGAGAAGAUGUGUCGCGACUCGCUCGAGGAGGAUGGCGCGAGCGAAGAGGACAUUAUCGACGAGAUUACCAUCAUCAAGGUGCAGCUGGCGUACUGCUUGCAGAUGCAGGGCCGGGUCAAGGAAGCGUCGGCCCUGUACGCCGACGCGCUGCGCCACAAGACGAACGAUGCCGCGCUGACGGCGGUGGUCAGCAACAAUCUGGUGGUCAUCAACCGCGACCAGAAUGUGUUCGAUUCGCGGAAGAAGAUGAAGGUCGCCACCUCGGAACAGGCGGAACAGAAGCUGACCAGCCGGCAGCGGAAAGCGAUUGCCUUCAACAACUGUCUGCUGGCGUACUUUGCCAGCCCGGCCGAGUGCGGUUUACUCGCGAGCCGGCUGGCGAACGCCCAUCCCGACCUCGAGUUCCAGUCGCUGCUGGUGCGCGUGAGCCAGCUCGCGCGCGACAAAAAGUACCGGGAAGCGGUCGAGCUGCUGGAAGGAUACGCGCAACGGUUGCCCGGUGACAGCGCGGCCGAGCUGCUGCAGGUGCGGUUUGCCAUCGUGCAGCUGCAGCUGGUGGCGGGCAACCGGCGGGCAGCGAUCGAGACGCUCGAAUCGCUCGGCGAAGCGCGCUACCAGCCGGGCGUCGUGUCCGCACUGGUGACGCUGCACCUCGGACUCGACAACAAGCAGGCCGCCUCGGAGCUGCUGAAGGGUGCGGUCGACUGGUACAAGCGGCAGAAGAGCGGCGCCACGAUCAGCGAUGGCGAUCUGAGCGAUAUGUGGCGCCAAGCGGCCAGCUUCCAUCUGCGCGGCGGCGAACCGGAAACGGCCGCCAAAAGUCUCGAGGAGCUGCUGCGCACGCACCCGAACGAUAUGAAGCUGCUUGCCCAGCUGGUCAUCGCGUACGCCCAGUUCGAUCCGAAGCGCGCGCAGCAGGCCAGCAAGCGGCUGCCGGCGCUCGACACGCUCACCACGGUGUCGGAGAUCGAUGCGCUCGAGGCCACCAACUGGAUGAUGAUCGCCAAGGCGGUCCGUCGCAAGCAAAAUGUGCCGGGUGGCGGGCGCACCACCGGUGACCAAUCGCCCGGCGCCGGUACCCCGUCCGCGGAACAGCAGGCCGCCGCCCGCAAGCAGAAGCGCAAGAAGCGCAAGGGCAAGCUGCCGAAGAACUACAUCAUCGGCGUACUGCCCGACCCGGAACGCUGGUUGCCACGGUACGAGCGUACCGGGUACCGGAAGAAGCGCGACCGCCGCGUCAAGGAGGUGAUCAAGGGCAGCCAGGGAACCACCUCCGGACAGGCCGACCAAUUCGACAUGAGCAAGGCGUACAACCAGACGAAGAACUCGCCGGCAACACCAGGCGCCGGUGGAACCACGCAGCUCGAGCAGAAUGCUGCGGCGGCCGCUGCAACCCGUCAGUUGCCGCGCAAGAGUCAGCACAAGAAGAAAAAGGGCAAGCACUAGGCAGGAGGGAAGGUCUCAAUGGUGAUGCGCUAGCCCCGGCCGUUUUUCCAUUUUCACAAAGCAACAAGCGAAAUACAGACCCCGUUUCUCAUGCGCUCUCCUGUCUCUCUCCUGUCUGUCAGGUGCUGUGAGAACGAAUUUAGAGUCUA